AUGAACUCGCUCAACUACCUCUCCAACCUAUGGAGCCCUCCCCAGGCUCGUGCGGGUGAUACGACCGUGCCUAGCUCUGCCACGUCCUCCGCAGUCUCAUCUGGCGCCUCGACGCCUACAAGGGAUCGCCCAAGAGAAGGUCCUGCCAAACCAGCAGCGCCUUCAAGCUCGCAUGGGCCAGAAAGAUACCCCAUCGUCUAUCCGGAGGCCUCCACCUCCAGGCUGCCCGACGACGGUCACGGUGUGCAGCAUGAUGCCGCUCCUGGACCUGAGAACGAAGAGAGCAUCAACGCAAGCUUGGCUGCUCUGGCGGCCACCCAACAAGCUUCCCUCGAUAGACGGGACGGCCAGCGCCGCCAUGACGCCGGACACAUCCCGCCUUUGCUUAUUCGCAGCAGAAGCAGCAAUAGAUCGAUCAGGCGUCGCUCUCUGCGGCGACGCCGGUCAGCACGCGAUGCUCCCAGCCGGUCAGGAAGCUCCACCCCGACAGACGCUGCCGCUCAUGUCACUCGUACAUUGCCCGUCCGCAUCGGUGUGGCGCUCUAUAUGCUUUUCAGACGGCUCCUCGGCCUGCUGGGGAUACGAACGACGCGCCGCAAGCUCGCUUCUCUUCACACCGUUGACGUCGUAGACUUGGACGCGCGACGUCAGGAGAAGCACACGAUACCCGCUCAGGCCGAAGAGGUCAUCACCGAGCCACCGCCGCCGAGCUACGAUGUUGCGAUCGGCCGCGCCCAAGUCUCGCUCGUAUCGCGUUAUAUGCCCUUCAGCUUUCCAAAGCCAAGAGACCGUUCCAGCGAAACUUCGCAUGACAGCGAGCAACCGGCACAACACCACGUCCUGUAUAGCUGGAACUAUCUGCCGACGCUGGGUCGCCGUCGGCGUAGUCCUUCCACCGUAUCAAGUCUCUCGUCGGCGUCAGGCGCCGUGCACGAAGUCGACGAUGACGAUUCUGAUGAAAGGGUCAGCAAAGUCGCACCUGCUGAAUCACAGCAGCCAAUGCCCAGUCGUCUCAAGUCCACUGCCCUCACAGUUCUUGCAAGGCCAAAGACGCUCGUGCUCGAUCUCGACGAGACUUUGAUCCACUCCACCUCGCGACUACCCCUGGGACAAUCCACUGCGGGCUGGGGCGGCAACAACGGACUGAAGGUACGCGUCGUAGAGGUCGUACUCGACGGCAAAAGCGUUGUCUACCACGUCUACAAACGUCCGUGGGUGGACUUCUUUCUCAGAAAGGUCUCGACUUGGUACACCGUCGUCAUCUUCACGGCCUCGAUGCAAGAAUAUGCUGAUCCUGUGAUCGACUGGCUCGAUCAAGGCAGGGGCCUCAUAGACGGCAGACUAUUUCGAGAAAGUUGUAUGUAUACUGGCGGCUCGUACGUCAAAGAUUUAAGUAUAGUAGAUGCGGACCUGGCCAAGGUCUGUCUCGUUGACAACUCGCCGAUCAGCUAUGCCAAGAAUCCUUCAAAUGGCAUUCCAAUCGAAGGUUGGAUCAAUGAUCCGUCUGAUGAGGCCCUCCUGGAUCUCUUGCCGAUGCUCGAUUCGCUCAGAUUCAGCAACGAUGUGCGACGGAUAUUAGGCUUGCGCGGCUUUAGCGUAAAGUGA